AUGAUUCACCGAAAUUCAAGCAAUAGAAGACGCACAGAGCGCAUGAUUUUCAAAAACGGCCAAGUCAAUUUAGAUAAGUCACCGUCAAAAUACCGCGUUUCCGUCUUCCCUGAUAUCGUGACAGUUUUCAUCGAAGCCAGGUGGAGAUGGACCCUCGUGUACUGUUUCCUGACUUACAUAACUACAUGGUCAUUAUUCGCUGGGAUAUGGUGGUCCAUUCUUUAUAUUCACGGUGAUUUAGAGCCAGAUCAUUUACCACAUAUAAACAAUGCCACUGAUUGGACACCCUGUGUGCGAGAAAUCUACGAUUUCACUUCAAUAUUCUUGUUUAGUAUCGAAAUUCACACUACUAUUGGUUAUGGCACUAGAUCUCUGACUCUUGCAUGUCCAGUUGCAAUGAUUGUUAUGUGCAUCGAAAGCAUUCUUGGUACAAUAGUGCAGUCUUUCGUUGUUGGUAUAGUUUUCGCGAAGUUGACAAGGUCAAAGAAUCGUGCACAUACUUUACUUUUUUCCAAGAAUGCCAUUAUCAAUCAAAGAGACCGUGAUCUUUGUUUGACUUUCCGAGUAGGCAAUACAAGAAAAUCCAGGAUCAUAGCGGUGAACGUCCACGCUUAUUUAAUUCGAUAUGGCACUAGAACAAGCGAUAUGUUAGACAACGAACACAUAAAACUUGACCUAACAGUCGACGCAUCCGACGACAUUUCCUUCAUGUUUCCAAUUUCUGCAGUACACCGAAUAAAUGAGAACAGCCCUUUCUUCAGAAUGUCAGCGUAUGACAUGUUGAAGUCGAAACUGGAAAUUCUUGUCCUUUUCGAUGGCACUAUUGAAUCGACUGGUCAACUUGUUCAGGUGAAAUCAAGUUAUACAGCCCAUGAAAUCUUGUGGGGUCAUCGAUUUCUUCAGCUCAUAUCUUACCAGAAGAAGAGAAACGGAUUUGUUAUUGACUAUUCUAAGUUCGAUGAGACAAUUCGAGUAAAUACUCCGCUCUGCUCCGCCAAAGAUCUCAGAAAUUUUUACGGCAUGGACAAAGCUACGGCUACCCGUACAUUUUAUGCGACAGCUUAUGAGUUAGCAAUAUAAAAUUAUUCUAGUUUAUUUAUUUGUCCCACUAUUUUGCUUCUUCUUUGAGAUAAAGGUUUCUUAGCGCAAUAAAGUAAUGAUGCAUGGACAUUAUUACAUUAAUUUUAAUUUCAUU